CAGUAACAGGAACCAUCGAGAAGGGGCGGUAGUGAACAGAUUGUGUCUGCCUUGCAAGAUGUUUUCACUUUGGAGUAGAAAACAAUGAGGGUUAUUAAUGGUAAAUGCAUCUGUUGAAGUUGUAGGGUUUGUUGUUUUUUUCGUUUUUUUUUCUCUACAAAAAAAGUCUUAGUUAAACAGCCAAUACACUGUUUAAAAGUUUAGGUCUGGUUAUUUUAAAUAGAAAUCUAUAAAUGUAUUUUCUGUCACUUUUAAACAGUCGAAUACAUCCUUAGCUAAAUAUAAGCUGGAAGAUGGAAGCUUUGUCUAUAACACAUUGUCAGUUUCUUGAUGUUUGCGUUGUAUUACUGUUUCUGUGUGUCCUUCAGCUCCUAGACAUGAAGGUAUUUGUAGACACAGACUCUGACAUCCGGCUAGUCAGGCGACUAAAAAGGGAUAUCACGGACAGAGGGCGUGACAUUGUGGGGGUCAUUAAACAGUACAACAAAUUUGUCAAGCCAGCGUUCGAGCAGUACAUCGAACCCACUGUGCAGGUUGCAGAUAUUGUGGUCCCAAGAGGUGGAGAAAACUUUGUAGCCUUGGAUCUGAUUGUUCAGCAUGUUCACAGUCAGCUAGAAAAGCGUGAAAUCACAGUGAGAUCAGCCUUGGCAUCUGCCCAUCAGGGUCAACCUCUACCUGAGACCCUGAGUGUCAUGGAGAGCACCCCACAGGUCAGAGGAAUGCACACUAUUAUCAGGAAUAAAGAAACCCGUCGGGAUGAAUUUAUUUUCUAUUCAAAGAGAUUAAUGAGGCUUCUUAUAGAGCACGCACUGUCCUUCCUGCCUCUGAAGCCGGUGUCUGUUGAAACUCCUCAAGGAACUGUAUAUGAAGGGAAGAGGCUGAGCGGGAAAAGGAUCACUGGUGUGUCCAUUUUACGGGCAGGAGAGACCAUGGAACAGGCCUUGAUGGCUGUUUGUAAGGACAUUCGACUCGGAAAGAUCCUCAUUCAGACCAAUCAUGACACGGGAGAGCCUGAGCUCCAUUACCUUCGUCUUCCCAAGGACCUCAGUGAGGAUUAUGUUAUCCUGAUGGACAGCACUGUGUCAACAGGAGCGGCAGCUCUCAUGGCUGUCAGAGUCUUACUUGAUCAUGAUGUCCAGGAGGAUAAGAUCUUCCUGAUCUCUCUCCUCAUGGCGGAGAUGGGCGUUCACUCAGUGGCCUACGCCUUUCCCAAAGUGCGCAUCAUCACCACUGCUGUGGACAAGAAUGUCAACGAUGAGUUUCACAUCAUUCCAGGGAUUGGUAAUUUUGGAGACCGUUAUUUUGGGACUGAUGCUCCUUCAGACUGGUAUGAAAGUGAUGAUGGGAUGGACUACUGAAUUUCCUCAAGACCUGUAUGUGAGCAAUUGUAUCCGCACGCGUCAGAGAAGGGAACUUUUAAGUACAUAAUCUCAUAUGAUUGUGGACCCAUUGCCCAGCCCUAUAUAAGCCUUAGCCGCAGGACUAAGUUGAUUCUCAAUACAGGUUAAAGCAAUAAUGGACCCCUAAAUAUGAGAGAUUACUACUCAAUAGCUUUCCUUGCAGUGCCCACAUGACCAUCACAAUUUAAGAAUUUUUCAUUAUUACUUGAACUUAGAAAUGAUAAGAGUGGAAAAAUAAGGGCAAACCUUAGUUUCUUCAUGGGAGUGUUUGAAAUGGUAUGCUACCAAACUACCCUGUACUGUUUUUCAGUAGUAUGAGUAGACAGUAUAUACUGUGUAGAAUAAUUGAUUGCAAACACCGCUCAUACUUAGUGUUUGUUAACUGGUUUCAUGCUGUCUUGACUUAUCUUUCAUUGGUAUAGCAUAUAUAGCAUACAUAUGCAUUUGAAACGCUUGGCCAAACUGACAUUUCAUAGUAAGUGAGCAAAACAUGCCUGCUUCAAUUUAACCUGCCUUUAAUGUUGCUGCUUUGCUAAAAAUCUGCGUAAAUGUUACUACCUUGAAUAGUAAUUAAUAUAUGUUAAUA